UCAUUGGGCUGAGCUAGCAAUGACCUCACCAGGGAUCUCGGCCUUUAAAAUGGCCCAAACCACCAGGGCUAUUGUCCAGGGACACUGCACAAUUGGUUGGCUGUGGGAAACUACUUCUCCCUUCGAUCGUCUACCUAUACUACAAAAUCACACUCAGAAAUCACCCAGACACCACACACCAUGGAUGUCUUCUACGCCUACACCUACUCGACAGCGGGAUGGCUCUCUCUCCAGAGUCUCGCCCUCAUCGCCGUUCCGGAGAUGAUGACCACAAUGCUCGAGAAGGAAAGCAGACAGCCUACUGAUAUCGAGACCUACCUAUCCCGUUGCCUCGGCUUCGGCCUUCUCACCAUCGCCAUUUUAACCGUCAUGCUGACGGGUUCCAUUCCCUUGACGGCCUCCAUCACUGAUCCCGUCACAACCGACGACUCCGACCCCAAGGCUCCCUAUGCCGUACCCACUAUGCAAGUGACGACCGUCUUCCACUUUAUCUCAGCCGGCUACGCCUAUGCCUGGUGGGCGGAGAAGGGACAGUUCGCGUUUGCAAUGGGAAUGCUGGUCCCGGGUGCGCUUGCUUCGUUGGGAAUUUGGUGUGCGCUGUUUGCCAGCAGCAAUGGGAAGAUCAGUCGGAAGACGGGGGCGGAUAAGAGGACGACCGGCUUCCCUUUUGCUAAUAAGGAGGCUGCGAAGAAGCAUGGGAAGGGUCUGUAAACUUGACUCGGGGGCUAGGUGGACUGUUGACGGGCAGUUGGGUUCAUAGUAACAAAUAGCGGUUGUGGAUAAUGAUUGACAGUAGAAUAUACCUGUCUAUGCGAUAUUGCGUGUUAACUGUUGUUUCUGCAAUAUUGCUGAGGGCCUGAGGCCUCCGCGUCCUUGUCAGCAGGUAGGGUCACCUGACCGUUCUUUUCGUUAGAAUGCAUUGUCCUGUACGACUCCACCCAUCUUCAUGAUCCACCGGCUAGAUACUUGCAUAAUCUUUUUC